AGGGGCGCCGGAAGUGAGACUCAGCCACGCCCCUUACCGGGGUUUCUGUGGAGCUGUGGCGGUGCCGGCUUCGAGCAUCCCUGCCCUGGCAGGCUGGGGGACUCCGAGGCUGCAGCUCCGGCGGUCAGCUCCGGAGAGGACAUGUCCAAUGAUGAUGAUGCUGCCCCCACAGCUGCAGAUGCAGCAGGUGACAUCCACCUGCUGGGCUUCUCAGAUGAGAUCCUCCUGCAUAUCCUGAGCCAUGUCCCCAGCACAGACCUGGUUCUCAAUGUGCGGCGCACCUGCCGGAAGCUCUCGGUCCUGUGCCUGGACAAGAGCCUGGUGCACACUGUGCUGCUACAGAAGGACUACCAGGCCAGUGAGGACAAGGUGAAGCAGCUGGUGAAGGAGAUUGGCCGGGAGAUCCAGCAGUUGAACAUGGCAGGCUGCUAUUGGUUGUCCGGCUCCACCAUCGAACAUGUGGCCCGCUGUCACAGUCUGGUAAAGAUGAACCUGUCAGGCUGCCACCUCACCUCCCUGCGACUGUCCAAGGUGCUUUCGGCCCUGCAGCACCUGCGCUCCCUGGCCAUUGAUGUAAGUCCCGGCUUCGAUGCCAGCCAGCUGAGCAGUGAGUGCAAGGCCACCCUGAGCCGUGUCAGGGAACUCAAGCAGACACUUUUCACACCAUCCUAUGGUGUGGUGCCCUGCUGUGCCAGUCUGCAGAAGCUGCUGCUGUACUUCGAGAUCCUGGACCGCACACGUGAGGGUGCCGUCCUCUCAGGCCAGCUCAUGGUGGGCCAGAGCAAUGUCCCCCAUUACCAGAACCUGCGUGUCUUCUAUGCCCGCCUGGCCCCUGGCUACAUCAACCAGGAGGUGGUGCGGCUCUACCUCGCCGUGCUUAGUGACCGCACGCCUGAGAACCUGCAUGCCUUUCUCAUCUCUGUCCCUGGCAGCUUCGCGGAGAGUGGGGCCACCAAGAACCUGCUGGACUCCAUGGCUCGCAACGUGGCCUUGGAUGCUCUGCAGCUGCCGAAGUCGUGGCUGAACGGCUCCACCCUCCUCCAGCAUAUGAAAUUCAACAAUCCCUUCUACUUCAGCUUUAGCCGGUGUACGCUGUCAGGUGGUCACCUGAUCCAGCGGGUCAUCAAUGGGGGAAAGGACCUGCGCAGUCUGGCCAGCCUCAACCUCAGUGGCUGUGUGCAUUGCCUGUCUGCAGACUCGUUGCUCCGUAAGGCAGAGGACGACAUUGACAGCAGCAUCCUGGAGACGCUGGUGGAGUCUUGCUGUAACCUGCAUCACCUCAACCUCUCAGCUGCCCACCACCACAGCUCCGAUGGCCUGGGCCGCCACCUCUGCCAGCUCCUGGCCCGCCUCUGCCACCUGCGUUCCCUCUCUUUGCCCGUCUGCUCCGUGGCCGACUCAGCACCCAGACCUGACCGUGCGCCUGCCCCGCCGGCCAUGCAUGCAGUGCCCCGUGGCUUUGGCAAGAAGGUGCGCAUUGGGGUGCAGGCCUUUCCCAGUCCCUUCCUGGGCCAGUCGUCCACCCAGCCUGCCUCUGUGUUCUGGUCUCUGCUGAAGAAGCUCCCUUUCCUGGAGCAUCUGGAACUGAUAGGGUCCAAUUUCUCCUCAGCCAUGCCCCGCAACGAGCCUGCCAUCCGCAACUCCCUCCCGCCCUGCAGUCGGGCACAGAACGUCGGGGACUCAGAGGUGGCUGCCAUUGGCCAGCUGGCCUUCCUGCGGCAUCUGACACUAGCGCAGCUGCCAGGCAUGCUGACAGGCUCUGGACUGGUGAGCAUUGGCCUACAGUGCCAGCAGCUUCAGUCUCUGUCGUUGGCCAACCUGGGCAUGAUGGGGAAGGUGGUGUACAUGCCUGCUCUUGCCGACAUGCUGAAGCACUGCAAGCGGCUGAAGGACCUGAGGCUGGAGCAGCCCUAUUUCAGCGCCAAUGCUCAGUUCUUCCAGGCACUGGGCCAGUGUUCAUCUCUGGAGCGCCUGUGCCUGGUGUCUCGAAGUGGUACCGUGCAGCCGGAAGCCGUGCUGGCCUUUAUGGCCCGUUGCCUGCAUGUUGUCGUGUGUCACAUGUUCACUGGAGAAUCCCUCACCGCCUGCAAGAGCCUGCAGCAGUCACUCCUCCGGAGUUUCCAGGCUGAGAGGCCCGCAUUGAACGUCGUCAUCUUCCCCCUGCUCCACGAGGGCCUGACAGAUGUCAUCCGAGAUGUCCCCAUGGUGCACCUGGACGAGAUCACCUUAUUUAAAAGCAGAGUGGCUGAGGAGCCGCCGAACUUGUGGUGGUGAGAGGACUGUCUGGCCCCAGCCCCGCCACUCCUGCAGCAGAGCCUGAGUCUGAGUCUCCACAAGGGUCCAAGGAACCAGGAGAGUGGGUCCUUGCUUUGUGACAGGAAGGAAGAGUUUGUGGUUGUUCCGAGACAUUCACGCCAGUCCCCCAGGUUCCCUCUCCCUCUCAGGGGUGUGCUUGGGCAUGGUGACUAGGGAUGAGGUGACCAUGACCGAGAGCAGUGAAUGGGCCAUCCUGGCCUUCGGGGCCUGGCCACACUCCCCAGUCCCCCCACUCACUUCAGUCUGGGGACUGUCCCUUUGUCCAUGGCCAUCUACAGUUGAGCUCAGUCAUGUGACUGUGUCCACGUGGGGUCAGUGUGGGCCGGGCUCUCACUGUGACCUCCCCACGAUAACAUCUGUGAGCCUUUGGCUCCUUUCCUAUUGAUACAUUAGGGCGUGGUCUAACGUGUGUGUGUGUGUGUGUGUGUGUGUGUGUGUGUGUGUGUGUGUGUGUGUGAGGCCCUGGGUUCCAUCCCCACCCCAAAAAAAGAAAAUGUUUUAACCCAAUGAUGUCUCUGGGAUGUUUUCAGCCACUGAUGCCUGUGCCAGAGGGUUCCCUGGGCAGGAACUGUGGGAUGGCUCAUUCCUGAGCUGAGCCUGAGGAGCUGAGCCUGAGGAGCUGGGCCUGUGUCUCGCAAGUGCUCACUUCUCCCCUCCGUUCCUGGGCUUCUGCUUAAAAACUCAAGGUGCUUUGGAGGUCUGAAUGCUUCCUGGGAAGUCCACACCCUCUGGCCUCAAUAGAAUAGUUAAAAACAGUGAAAGCCAGAGUGGGCAUUACAGAGAUUCACUGAGAGCCGUGGGUGCGACUUGAGUUAGAGGGUGUGCACGGACCGUGGUUUCUGACCCCAGCACCUUCAUGGCGGCUCACACCUGUAAUCACAGCAUUCGGGAGGUCAAGGAUAACUUGGGUUGUCCUCAGCUAUAUAAUUGAGGUAGAGAUUAGCAUGGGCUACUUAAGACCUUGUCUUAAUCUUGAUAAACAAACAAACAAACAAAAAAAAAAAAAAAGGAGCCGGGUGGUGGUGGCGCACGCCUUUAAUCCCAGCACUCGGGAGGCAGAGGCAGGCGGAUCGAGACCAGCCUGGUCUACAAGAGCUAGUUCCAGGACAGGCUCCAAAGCCACAGUGAAACCCUGUCUCGAAAAACCAAAAAAAAAAAAAAAAGGAAAGAAGAGGGGGGACCCAGUGUUUGUGGCCUCAACCCAUUCUUCACACUAGUGAGACUAAGUCAGUAACCCUAGAGGGGCCUUGUGAGAGCUGUGGUUGGAUUGGUUCAACUAGACUCCUGCCUGGGCCUCUCCUGGUGAAGGGUCACCCGUACACUGUGGGCAUUGAUCCAGGUAGCUUCCAGUUGGGACACCUCAGUCCAUGCAGGGCCAGCAGGCCUCACGUGCUGCUGUGACCUUUACAGACUCAGCCUGCCCUCUCCCUGCCCCUUCUUGGCUACUGGUCCUCCGAAGCUGUGGUCUCCUUGGCAACUGGUCCUCUGAAGCUGUGGUCUCCUCAGCUUCCCUUCUUGGUAAGGAGCAGAGUGAACUGGCCUCUGGGCGCAUGCCCUGUGGUCUCAGGCAGGCUGUGCCUAGCAGCAGGAGCCUGGGGAGGCCUGGGGGCUUCUGACCUGGCUCUGGGUACAGCAUUAGGGAAACAGCCCUCAGGCCCAGGCUCUGCCUGCCCCCUGCUGUUCUAGCCCCAGUGUUUAACAAGGUCUGUAGUGCCAAGCCCUCCCCUCUCAUCCAGUCUGAGGGAAUCCUCCCUCUCUCCAAGAGGGAUCCUUCUGUCUGUAGGCUGAUCCCAGGGGAUACCCACCCCAUCCCCGCAGCCCUUGCCUUCACAGACCUAACGUGCUUUCUGAGAGCUGUGAGCCUGUCUUACCUUUUCCUGGCAUUGCAGGCCAUGAGACCGGCUGCCAAGAUUCCAGGGCAGACUGAGGGCCCACACAGCUGUAGACAAGGGUCCCAGAGGUGGUGGAACUCCUUCCCCAGUUUCUGGGUGUGUCUUUAAAGCAUUAAGCUGACACCUGAAGACUGCCAUGUAGGCUAUCCAGGACCAACUGCUGCUUGUCCUUAAAACAAGACAAGCUGGUCACAGCCUAUGAGGGAGGCAGGUUGCUUGGAGGUGUCAGGUCCCAAGAGUCCUUGUGACUUCUUCCUUUGAAGGAAGUUCCACUCAGCUGGGUGUGGUGGUGUAGGCUUUAAUCCCAGCACUCGGGAGGCAGAGGCAGGUGAGUUUGAGGCCAGCCUGGUCUACAUCGUGAGUUCUAGACCAGCCAGGGCUAUAUAGAAACCCUAUCUCAAACAGCAACAACAGUAAAAACAACACAACAAAACAAGAAACGGCAGCCCUGUUCAGACAGGAAAUUACCUUUCUGCUGGGAUUGUAUCCCGAAGGACAGAGCUGUCCUGUCAAUCUUGUGGAUGGGCAGGUCUUGGGAGCCAGCAGUUUUCGCUAGUGGCAUCAUUUGUGUCCAGAAACUGGGCUGACAGGGAGGGGCCUGGUUGCAGGAGGCUGGGGUGCAAACUGCCUGAGGAAGCACCCUCAAUAGUAGGCCUUGUAUUCUUAGCAUCUCUUGCAAUAGUCCUUUGACUUCAAGUGAGAAUUUUCUCUCCUUCUCCACUGGGGACAGGAUCCACCAGAUGUCAAUAGCAUGCUUAUUUUUGCUAAGUGCUAUUUUGGCACCGGUGUUAAUCGCAAUUUAUAGCCUGCAGCAUUUGACGCUGGGAAAAGAACCCACCCUAAUGGUCCCCGAUUGGCAGGACUCGGCUGUUAAGUGGCAGACCAUAUGCUGCCUGCCGAGAAGACGGUGAGUGCUCGUGCCUACAUACGGGUUUCUACGUGCUAGUGCGUGUGUGCAUGCACACGUGAACGUACGUGUGUGUGUGCACCUGCAUGUGUGUGCACAUGUACCUACCUAUAGGUGCAUGUGUGCAUGUAUGUGCGCGCAUGUGAGUGUACGUGCGCGCGCGUGUGUGUGUGUACCAGCAUGUGCGUGCACAUGGGCUUGCUUCUGGUGUGUCUUCUCUGUGUGGGAGUGAAAAGGUAGAGAGGAGGGAGAUGCUUUUGUAAACAAAUCCCCUGACCUCCACAGCUACCUGUUCCCCCACCUCCUCCCAGCCCUGGCUGCUCCUGCCCAGACCUCGUGGUGUUCAUUGAUUUGUCCAUUUUGUUUUUCAAGACAGGGUUUCAUUGUGUAACUCCGGCUGUCCUGGAACUCACUCUGUAGAUGACCAGGCUGGCCUCUAACUCACAGAAAUCCUCCUGCCUCUGCUUCCCAACUGCUACAAUUAAAGGUGUGUGCCACCACUGC